AUGCUAUACGCGAGGCCGUAUAUAAGCUGUCUAAGUCUCCUUUGCAUCGAGCCUAGCCCCCUAGCAUUGCCGCCUGCACCUACUCCUUAUACUAAUCCACAUACGCCUCAGCCUCCCCCUUAUAUUGAUACUCAGCAGGCCCUAGAAUGUUCCUACGGCUCUCCGGCCGGCUUAAUAACUCAGCAGUGCCUACAGCAACACCUGGUGGAUGCUGAGACCCUCCUAGACGUGCCUGUAGAGCUGCAAUCUGUCGUAGAAUCUCGUGCCUUUUUCCGUGGUACCUUAUCCUUUGCACCAGGCGGCCGGCCGCGCUUUUUAGCUGCAGGUGCAGCCGUAGGCGCUGCUGUAGGCGCUGCUGUAGGCGCUGCUGUAGGUGCUGCUGUAGGCGCUGCUGUAUGCGCUGCUAUAUUAUAGAGGGAGAGGAAGAGGA